GCUAUGACAUGAUACUUGUUCUCAAUCUUUGAGGCUGCAAACUGAAGUUAUGGACUCUACUCACCAUGAGCCUAAGCAAAAGACAUUGGUUGGGGUGUUUCACGAUCUUCCCGAGACUUUAAAAGCUUGGGAAGUAGUCAAGAAGAUUGCUACUGGCACUGGGGAGAAAUACUCUUACGAUUGUGAGUUGAUCCUGUUUGAGGAGUUACUAGAGAUCAACAAAGGGUCCAGGUUUUGUAAUGCUGAUGUGGCUGUCGUCGAUUUCUCAGUCAGAGAACAGUGUGCAGAUCUGAGCUACAACCUUGGAGUGAGGAUGUUUUGGGAGAUGACUAAUAGUAUUGUGGUUAUGUGGGACAGAGAUCCAAAUCAGACUCUCAUCGUCAAGACCCAGGUUACCCCUAACAAGUACAAGUUCAUUCCCUACACAAUCAACGAACAAGGUCAGAUCUUGCUAUCCGAUGACUACGGGCAAAACCAGGUCCUCUUUAAGAAGAGGUUCAAAGAAACAAUCAAGAACUUACAGCCUGUUAAAAGGAAACAUUUGAAAAUGUUCUUCCAUCGAGAUUUACGAAGAGCUAGGGAAUCCAAAAACAAUUUAAAUCUUACCAACUACAAGCGGGAGCUGAGGAAGUUUGAGAGAAUGAUAAAGGAGCAGCCCGAAGAGCUGUACUGUACUGAUACUAUCCAUGAUCUGCUGAUAUCUUACCGUGAUAUUAAGGAUUACAAGAGUAUGAUCAGUUUUGUAGACAGUCUCCCGGACAACAGUGCUAAAUCUCACCAACACAUACAGUAUCUGUACGCUUUCGCGCUCGAGAGACACUCACCAGACGAUCAUUCCGAGAGAGACCGAGCACUGGAGAUACUCCUCAAACUUAUGAAAAAUAAAGAUAACUUGACAGACAUACCAUCUUUGUGCGGCAGAAUCUACAAGAGCAAAUACGAGGCCUCAGGAAGGACCAACACGGAGUACCUUGAUCUAGCUAUUGAGUGGUACGAGAAAGGGUUUAAAGCACAGAAAAACUUACUCGCAGGAAUCAAUCUGGCGUGUUUGAUCGUGUUAAAGGGAGAGGAGCCCUCAACUAACUACCAACUUCACUCUCUCUGUAUUGAUAUUGGAGAAUUACUCGGAAAGAAAGGACAACUGGAAGAGAUAACUGACUACUGGGAUCUAGCUACCUCUUUCGAGCUCAAUGUCAUCCAGAGAAUGUACAAGCACAGUAACAGAGCAGCCCUCUGUAUGUUCAACCUGAAACCUGAACAAUGGAUGCUGGAAAGUACGAUGGCCAACAUCAGACUUAUCGAGUCACACCGGCCCAAAACUGAAACAGUCCAGAGCAAUGAUCAGAACAUCUACCACUUUUGGACGGACUUCUUUACAGACGCUAGCAGGAUCGAAACAACUGAGGAUUUCCAUUUCCGGGUUCUAAUUUUAGAAGACCACUUGCCGGGGAUACGAAAAGAGAAGUAUGUUCCUAGCAUGAUUAUAGUUCAUACUGACGGUGACGAGGACGGUGUUACUACUAUUGAUAUUACUCAUAUUGCACUUCCGCACGCCAAGAUGGAGCGCCAGAACACUGAAGAGCUUGAAGAAAGGGUGCAACUGAAAUGGAGCUACCCACUGGAGCGUAUAGUUAACAAGAGCACGGCUAACAAAGACGAUCGCAGGGUUGUUAUCUACGUGAAUCCCGACGAUUUUGAUCUUCAUUUCCCGUCAGCUGCUCUCCGCAAUCGUUUCCUUGAUAUUAUCUCUCCCUACGUGAUGCAGGCUGAGCAAGAUGAUGACAAAAAGGACACAAUUGAGUUGGAGUACGAAAGAGAUGCUCGAGGAGAGAAACAAAUUCUAGGUCGCGGCACAUACGGUGUGGUCUACUCUGCUAUUGAUAAGCUGACGAAGAGGAAAAUUGCUGUCAAAGAAAUUACCAUUCAAGACGGAGAUGACUCACAGAUCCAGUAUUUAGUAGAAGAGAUAGCACUCCACCAGCGGCUAAAAAACAAGAACAUUGUCAGUUAUUUGGGUUGUGAAAGAGAGGGUGUAACUGUCAGGAUCUUCAUGGAGCAAGUUCCCGGAGGUUCACUCAGCAAGCUGAUCAAGAACAUCUGGGGUCCACUGAAGGGCCAAGAACCGGCCAUGAGCCAUUACACUCGCCAGAUAAUCGAAGGCCUUAUCUACCUUCACAAACAAAACAUUGUCCACAGGGAUAUCAAGCCUGACAACAUCCUCAUUGACAUGUACCGAGGAACACUUAAAAUCUCGGAUUUCGGAACGUCAAAACGAAUCCAGGGAUUGUGUCAAAAGAUGGUUAAUCUUAAAGGAACGCCGCAGUUCAUGGCUCCCGAGGUGAUCAGAGCCGGAGCCAGGGGUUACGGUCCUCCCGCUGACAUCUGGUCUCUAGGUUGUACGUUGCUCGAGAUGGCAACCGGCCAGACGCCCUUUCAUGAGCUGAGAUCUGAGUACCAGGUGUACUAUAAGAUUGGUAAAUGUAUUAGUCCUGCUCUACCGGACGAUGUUUCCGAGGAACUCAUCGACUUUCUCAAGAGUUGCUUCAUUCCUGACGAGGAGAAGAGACCCACGGCUCAGCAGCUUUUGGAGAGCGCCUUCAUUGAAAAACACAGAUACGGCAAAGCACCAUUGACACCUAAUUCACCCAAUCGUUCCAGGAAACACUACUUACGUAGUGCAUCAGGGCCCCUGUCGACGGUGGCAUCCAAUCCUGGCCAAGCUAUAGUGCCACAUCAAUCCUAUGGUACCCAUUCAAGCACAAGUCCUGAUUACAUCAACAAGAGCAUGUCGAUGGAGACAAAGAAGCAGCCAAGAGGAUCCGCUUCAGACAUGUCCCCCAAUCCUGGUAUCAUAGUAUCACCUGCUGACGGCUCAGGCUCUCUUGAUCCCUUAUUACGUCACACCAAGGGUAAGGAGAAGCUCCUCAACAUCUUUAACAACAACAAAAUCCUGAUAUGUCAGACGUGGAUGAAGCAUCUCCAAGAAACAUCCCGUUCAAGCGUAUGGUCAGUCACUGAGGACCUACUUUCCAAACUGCUGGAGUAUAUAACUCAGUUCGUAGCAUCAGAAGGAGACAUCCAGACCAAACAUACGAUCUCAACUAUUGCCACCACUACCAAGAAUAGUUUGGAACAAGUUCAGGUCGCAGUGGAAGCCUUCCCCGAUGCGGUACAAGGGAUAAUAAAAGACCACAGCGAUGAGCCUCACUGGAUGUUGGUGAUACAGCCCAUGGUGAAGAAAGCAGUGUGGUCCGUUCGGGAGGCCCUUCAGCCUGGUGAGCAAAAGCUGUCCCGGUUAACGUCCAUGGACACAGAGACUCCGAGUGACUCAGCGUUGAGACAAAGUCCCAGCUGUGCUAGUGAGGAAAACCAACUCAACUUUAGGAGACUCACCGAGAUCCAGGACGACUUCUUCAGGCGUUUAGGAGAGCAGCAGGAGGAACUGUUCCGGAAGUUUUUCAGAUCGCAGACGGAGAUGUACAACGUACUUAGCACAGAGCUCAGAAACGGCAACGGUAAACGCCCCUUCCCCUCCGGUAGCUCCACCGAGGAUGAUAUCGACAAAUACCACGACCAGGACCUGGUGGCCUGGCUGAGGUUUAACCAGUUCCCCGACGAAACAAUAAGGAAGAUCAUUCGUGAGGAGUUUACCUUGACUGAUUUUAACAAGAGUGUGACAAAAGAUGAUCUCCGAGAUAUUGGACUUAAGAUUGGUCCCAGAUGCCGUCUGUGGGAGUGCAUCACGAAGCUUCAACAGUCUGGUCAUCACAUGCAGAAUGGUAUCCACAGGUGAAAAGAACCGUGAGCCAAGGCCGAGUUACAGCAACACUCCUUGAUCCCAUUCAAUUCGUCAAUUUAUUGUGGCCUUCGAAGCGGAUGCGCCAAUUCCCGCGUUGGAAUUCAGAUAGUUUUCGCGUUGGAAAAUGAAGAAUGCGAGAAAAACUAGACUGCUACGAGGGAUGAACCUCUUUUCUAAAUUGAUUUUUCCCGAUUUUCGUUUUUAUUUUUGUACUUACAUAGAACUAAACUAGAAAGUCGGCUAUCCCGAUUCUGAUUCGAUAUACGCCCGUAUUCGCAAUGAACUAAUUUCGUUAAAGCCAUUGAUAAGCUUAGUUGGAGAUUAGCAACGAUUAUUGUUCCCUGGUAAUCCAUAUCGCUAAAAACUCAUUACUUCUCCUAUGAAGACUGAUAUUUACGUAUUAGCGGCCGUUUAGUUGUACGGCCGUCAUUUGAUACGCAACAGAACUUAUGUAUAAAAUAUAAACUUUUGUGUUUCUGAACUUUUGGCAAAACGUUGAAAUUAUUAUUUUGUGAUGUUUAAACCGGUUUUAAAGUGUUGUUACGUUUACAGAUUUGAUUUAUUGAUAGCUAUAAAUACACCACGUUGCUCAACUAGUCCUCUUUGUAAAGUAGCUUUUGGUUGAACAUUUCGAUGGGAGCAAAAUGAUUUCGACGAAGUUGUCCUCGCUGCUUUAUGAGGAGGGUCCCUCUGUAUUUGGCGAUAUCUUUUACUUUUAAGUUUAACAGUAAUCGUUUGAGUUUACGAGCUUUCCCAAAAGAUAUUCGGAAAACCUUUAUGAAUUUGAAUAUCAGAAAAGUUCGUUUUUCAGAAACAUUGAAGAACGGUUCUAUUACUAUCCUAUCCGUAAACCAACAUAUUAUAUAGAUUCCCGCAUCAUACUUGUCUGAGUUAAAUUUUAGAUUUGAUGUUUAUGUCGAUGAUUGUGAUAAUUUUACUUGAUAUGUGUUGAUACAUAAAAGCCUGUAAGACGUUUGUAACUCGAGUAAGUUUUUUUGAAAACGUACUCUAGAGAAAUUUUAGAAACUUCUACUUUCAAAAUUUUCGUAAAUUAAUAUUUUAAUUCAAGCUUGUGUAGUAAUUUUAUUUUAUUAAAUUUCCAAAUUUGGUGUUUUAGCUGAUACUCUAACAAUUACCCUUCACAGAAA